GGUGAAUGGAACAGCUGUUCGCCGCUAUAUGCAUCCCGCUCGCACUCGCAGCGCUGAAGGACGGAAUAAACAAACCGAUUUUGAAUCGGAAUUAACUGAGAAAUAACACCCCGGAAACCACACAACCCCCAUCAAAAUGUCCGGCAAGGACGAUCGAUCCAAGGAAAAGCGCAGGAACAUGAAGCAGUACAAUCAUCACCAUAAAAAGGAACAAGGGCGAUCCACCACGUCGUCGGGAUCGCCACCACCCACCUCCCGUCGCAGCAUGGUAGAUGUGGCGGACUCGAGCGAUGAGCCACGCUUUGCCAGGCGUGGCAAUUGGCAGUCCAGUGGAGCAGACCGCUCCUCGCUGGCACCGCAACGCAAUAGGGACAUGCUGGACACCCUGCCCAGCGACAACGAUGAUGUGGAGCAACUGGGCCUGGGCGGUGCACCCAUCGAUGAGAAUGCCCGCGCCCAGUUGCGUGCUGGCGACUUCCAGCAGCUGGCCCAGUUUCCCAGCCUCGGCGGCGGCCACUUCACCUUUGGAUCGGAGCGGGAAUGGGCCAACGUGGCCGAUGGUCAGACCAAGCUGCACACCAAGGCUGCCAGUGGUUACUUCACGCUGAACCUCACCCGCCUAAAUGCGGGCUUGCAAACGAUUCCGUUCUACAAGCGUAUGGAUUAUCCGGCAUCUUUGUUCACCCGUGCCCAGAUUGUGGCCCAAGAGGAGGCCGCCGAACGGGCUGAGACAGUUUACCAGCAGCGCAUUCUCAAGGACGCCAAUGGGGGCGCAAAGUCUCGAGCUCCCUCUGCUAAGUCGAGUAAGGAGGUAGCCCCUGCAGCGGCGGAGAAACCAGCAGCUGCGCCUGCAGCUGAACCCGAUGAACUCGACGAGCUGUUGGCCAUGACCAAUACGCAAUUGGAUAUAGGUUCGGGAACCGUAGGACCCAUCACGAUGCCCAUGCCCAUGCCCAUGGUGCAACCGGCGACGCCUUCCCCGGCAGCCAGCAAAAACGAUGUGGAGCAAUGGUUGGAUUCCGUUUUGGAUGAAUAAGUAAUGCGGGAGUUUAUCCCAAUGGUACAGCACUUUCCGGAUUAUUUCCAGAGCUUUCUAAGCUAGUUAUGCCUAUACGACAUAUUCAAAUCACUAAGUGCUUGCCUUUAAGAAGUAGCGUUGAUAUUUGUAUCAUUAAACUUGUGAAAUCUACAGU